AUGUGUUACUUUGGUGGAUACUAUGGAGGCCUAGGCUAUGGCUAUGGCUGUGGCUAUGGUGGCUACGGUGGCUAUGGUGGCUAUGGUUAUGGCUGUUGCCGCCCACUCUGCUGUGGAAGGUACUGGUCCUAUGGCUUCUACUGAAGAAUUUCUGCAGCUGUUCAUCACAACUGUCUUCACAUCAGAAGUUC